UAAGAAACUACAAAGUUUUGUAUUUUUAAACCAGUACCCAAAAAAUAUUUCAGAACCUUCAUAACCAAGACAAGUUUAGGCGGUAUUUCGCGUCUUGCUAGAAUUCACAUCCUGUUCUAUAAACAGUCCUGCAAGUGUACGCUAUGUGGAUUAUUCAAAAAAAUCUGUGCAAAUUUUCAGGAUUUUUUUCAUGUCAAGUAAUUAGUAUACAUCACAAUUAGACUAUAUAAUCAGCAGUUGAAGUAACUCUAUUAAUUAUAUAAAUAUAAAUACAACAGAAAAAACAAACAUUUAUGAGUGUGAUUGCCUUCUAGUUAUUAUUUGUUUUUUAAUUAUAAGGCUCAAGUUUGUCAAAAUGACAAAUGAAUUUAAUACUUCCUAUUUUCAUCGACUUGCUAGCUUCAAGCCAUUGUCACUUAAUGAUUUCACAGUAAGCUGGUUGUCACUAGCACGUCAUGGCUAUUACUAUACUGGACACGACUUUGAAAUUGAAUGUCAAGCCUGUGGGACAAAGGUUGACAUUUGUGAAGAUAAUUCAAAUUUUCAAGAUGAGCUGAAACAUAAUAGAGGUUGCCAUUUUAAUAAAGCUGAUUGGUGGACUGAAGAAGAGUUGACAGGUCUGAGAGCCCACGCUGUUGCUGCUAGUAAUACUAGUAAGGUGAUAGAAUUUGAUGGAGAAUCCAAUAAGCCUGCUUAUUCUCAAAAUUAUAUCAAAGGCACUUUUUCUUCAGAUGAUGCCACUGCGUCUUCUAAUAUACUAGGUUGUGUAAUAACAAAUUCUCAUGAUGACAUCAAAGACACUUCUCUUCCUUCAGAUGACACUGAGUCUUCUAAUAAACCAGUUUGUGUAACUACAGAUUCUCACAAUGAAAUCAAAGAGACUAUUUUUCCUUCAGAUGAGGUAUCUGAGGCUUUAACAUAUGAUGAGGCCUCUGGGGCUUUAACAUAUGAUGACUUCUCUGAGGCUUAUACAUACGAUGAUACCUCAUUAGCUUCAUUUUCUUUGUCUGAGACAUACACAGGCUCAGAGGCACAGAAAAAAAGAAUGAUGUCAACAUCAUCAUCAUCAUCAAGGUCUUCAGGAUAUCAUUCCGAUACAAGUAAUGAAAGUGAAACAUCACCAUCUGAAUGUACAUUUAUAAAUGCUAGCCUUGCUGACGAUUACGAUUUUCCAGAUCUAUUCUCUCCAGAAUUUUUGUGGUUCAAUUCUAGUAAAAAAGUUAAUGUUUCGGAUUUAAAUGGACAAGACUGUGAUAAAAAUCCUGGACACUUUGCAUAUUUCCCAUGGAUUUCAUUAAAAUUAGAACAGAUUCCAUCAGCUUUUCGAGUCUCUGAAAUGUCUGAUCUGUUAAAACUUAUGGGAGAGCUCACCGUAAGAAUAACUGUGUCAACCACAAGCAAACUGAGACCAAGUGAAGGAUUGACCAGAAUCAAUGGAUGCAAAGCAAGGAUUGGGACAGGCUUUGCUAUCGAACAUGCAUGUCACGUAAAAAAAUCUCAUGGCAGUGAGCAGUCCAAGUACAAACAUAUUAAAAGAUGGCUUAAAUUAGGGAGAAAGAAGGACAUUGGUUAUGUUUACAUUCAGACAUCACGACAUCUUGUAUUCAAUGACGAGGAAGCCCAAAAUGCAGUUGUAGAUUUUUUUUAUGAUACACUUGAUGCUAAGGAUGUUAUCACUCUUGAAGGAAAGUUUUUGAUGGUUAGUUCAACAGCUGGAGACAACCAGUGCCUCUUAGUCUGUGAAUGUCCUGACCUCGGUUUUAUUCAUAAAAUCAAUCAGUUGCAGCGAGAAUUGGUAGGGGUUGCACAUAGGCUUCCCCUCAAAGCUAAGAAACGAAUGUCUAAAAAAAUGUUCAUUAUUCACCAUCCACAUGGAGGCCCCAAGGUUCUUUCUUACGGGGACUAUGUUCGACUUAAAUACAGAUUCAACAUUAAAGGAAAAUGUAGAGCAACAUUGACGAAACUGACAGCGAAUGAACAAGUUCCAGAGGAGCUGAGUAUGUACAGGAAAGCAUUGUUUUAUGCUACUGACACUUGUCCUGGUUCUUGCGGUGCUCCAAUCCUGACAUUUUUCUCAAGACCCCCAGAUGUCAACAAUAUAAUUAAUUAUAAGCUUGACCUUUGGACUCAUACUGGAGUUGAAACUACUCACAAACUGGGUGUUUCUGUGCUGAAAGUCUGUACAUUAGAUGAUAUCUAUCAACUCAGGCCAGAAGGUGCUCAGGGUGGUCGGUUGUCCAUUACUGUAGAGGACAGUGAGGAUGAAGACAGUCUAGGGAAUCAGAUGGUCAACUCUCCAGUUUAUAAAGUCCUUAAUGCCCCAUGUCAUCCAGAGUAUAGCUUGUUUCACAUUCGCCUUGACAGUUACGUGGAGUGGACAUACAUGCCAUCCCCUUACAGUUUGGCUUCUAAUGGUUUUUUUUAUACAGGAGAAACUGACUGCGUGCGAUGUUUCCAGUGUGGUCUUGGACUAAGGUCUUGGAAACAAGGGGAUGAUGUCCUUACACAGCAUGAGAAAUUCCGGCCAACAUGUCCAUUCCUGAUGUCAUUAGCUAAAAGGCGAUUAAAUGCUAGCACUGAAGCUAUAGCCAUAGCAGACUCUGACGUGUCGUCAUCAGAAGAUGCAGACAUUCAGUUGUUAGAAUCAGAAAAUAGAACAUUGAAACAACGAUUGAUAUGUAAAAUCUGUUCGAAGUCUGAAAUCAAAGAUGUCUUUUUACCUUGCGGAGAAUUGUAUGCCUGUAGUGAAUGUUCUAAAUUGUUGACACACUGUCCAUCCUGUAAGAAACAAAUCCUGGCUACAGUUACUAUCUACCUCACUUGAUCUCAAAAGUGAAGCAUAGACAUCCUUAUUCUGAGGCUGGCAGUUGACUAAGAGAAUCGGAUAGCUUGCACUGCUUAAGCAAGUAAUUAAAUUUAUAGGAAUUGAACACCAUCUCCGAUAAACUACACAAAUGGUGUUUGUGGUCAUUCAUUCGUCCUGGAUAUCUACCCACACAAAGGCCUAAGAAAAGUGAAUCUGGCGUGAUGCUGCUGCUGGCUGUGUUGUCCAGAGGACUGCGAACCCAGGCAUUUGUAAUAAGUCUACUGCCACAGUUUCAUAACUAGCGUAAAGUACAUUGUUGAUACUUUUUAUCUUGAGUUAGUUGACAUGCUGAUUCUUGAAUAUAACCAUGGAAGGAUAUUGCUACUAGGAAGUGGCUUUUCUACUAGUUAGUAGAUCUUCAAAUGUAUAGUAUGUCUUAGAUAGGUUUAAAAAUAAUUAGUUCAUGUCAUCAUUAUUUUACAAAUAACUAGCUUUUUUUUUUUAUGUACUGCACAAAAAAAUGUUUCUUUUGAAUAGAAAUGUACAGGGUGUCUAGUGAUAUGGAAAAUUAUGUUCUUAAUAAUUUUUUUUUUAACUUUUGUACAUUGUUUCCUAAUAAAAUCUCCUGAAUGUAAAGUACACUCUGAGAGGAGUGAUGGGGAGUUGUAAAGUGUUAAUGAAUUUUGUAAACUAUCAUCUGGUCACUAAUUCUGGGUAUGUUUUAUUUUUAAUUGGGAGCGCAGUGGUUGAGUUGUUUAGCGCUUGGCUUCCGAAUCUGAGGUCAUGGGUUCAAAACCCGGUGAACACUGGGAUUUUGAAUUUCGGGAUUUUUAGGGCGCCCCUGAGUCCAACUAACUCUAAUAGGUACCUAACUUUAGUUGGUGAAAGUAAAGGAGGUUGGUUGUUGUGCUGGCCACAUAACACCCUGCAGGUUAACCGUUGGCCUAAGAAACAGAUGACCUUAACAUCAUCUGUCUUGCCCCAUAGAUCACAAGGUCUGAAAGGGAAAAUUUUUUUUUUUUUUAUUGUUAAUUAAAUGUUUAAUUUUUGAUACUUCAGAUUAUUAAGGAAUUACAGCACUUCUUAUGACAUUCAACUGUAGAAUUAGGUUACUAUUACACCACUCAAAAAGGGAGUACCCUAGGGCAAUUCUUUUUUUUUUUUUUUACAAAUUAAUGUCACUUAAGAUAUAUACAUAUAUCUCAAAACAUAAUAGUAGUCAAGAGUACAUUCACAUGAAUAAAAUUAGUUGUUAGGACACUCAAAAUAUAGCAACAGCCAAUGUAGGUCAAUCCAGUAAAACUAAGGUACAGCAAUAUUAAUUAAGUGACUGUAUCAGUGUAGCUUAAGUAUCAAUGAAGAAGAAAAUAUGAUUUAAACAUUAUGAAUUAACAUGGUAGGAAUAAAAUAUCUGAUCUGUUUAUUCCCAUUUGUUACUGCAUAGAUCACCAAUACUCCAACAUAUUUCAGUUGAGAACAUAGACUCUCUACCACCUUAUCACAUUAAGAAGAAAGAAAAAAAAAAACAGCCACUACUCACCUCAACUUCCCAUUUUCAAGAUCAGAUCUGCUACAAAUACACUGAACAAGCACACACUACCUCCCCUUGACAUCUGUGCAACAAUUCAUGUGCUUUCAACUCACAUCUCAAAACAAGAUGCCAAAUAAUCAAACCCUGCUCAUUACACCAUCUAGGUGUAAGGAAUCCUUGAUCUUGUAAAUGAUCCCAGCAUGCAGAAAUGAGGCAUGCAUUUUGUUUUCCAACAUUGGGAGGAAUAUGGCUUUUUUUGAAAGACCUCAUUAGAUAGAAUGGGGAAAGUAUAGAAAUGAUGGGGAGAAAGUAUCAACUUCUUUUGUCUCUUCAAUCUCAUUAUCUAAAUUUAAAGGCAAUCACAAAUUUCACUUGCAUCCAUUCCCCCUCAUUGCCAUCAGAAUUGAGGUCUUCGUUUCGUCAGUCCAUUUGGUCUCAGCUUAGUGACGGCAUGCAAGUGAAGUUUGUGUGAUUCCAGCAAGGUACUUAAUGCAAAUUAUGUGUUGCAUUCCAGUUUCAUGAUUGGAUCCUACCUUUCUAACUUUGGGCUAAAUUGAUCGUAACCUGCAGGUUUUUAAAUCUUUGAUGAGUAGUAGGAACUUUGAAAUAGACUUUUAAACUUCCGUGUUGCCUUAUCAGUUAGAAACAUGAUGGUUAUCCUAUCCAUCUUUAUAUCUUACUUUGUUGAGCUGAUGAAGAAUAUUUCCAGUCACCUUAGAAAGCUCACAUCUUUCUCUCUCCAGGCUCCAACGCUUCCCUGUAUCAAGUGGAAGUAGGUGGCAAUUAAGCUCAUUUAAUGUUUUCACCCUGGACUCACUUAAUAGUAAUAUAAAUUUAUUGUUAACACAAGUCCGGUCAGCUAUAGUGUUUUAUUACUAUUUUUUUUUAUAUAAUACUUGUGUAACUCAGCCUUGUGAAAACCUAGAGUACACUUUAGCCAGAUUAUCAGUUGGAUUAGUUCAUGUCAACCUAAGCAGUUUGGAGCUCUGAUAUAUAAGCAAACUUCUUCACCAUUUUUUCCCCACCAUUUCUGUCAGGAACUCUUAUCAGUUUUCAAGUUCAUACUAACUACUUUUGUGGUAGAGCUAUUGAUUUCUGUCUUUCUUCCCUUUUAAAUCUUGCAUGUUCUUCAGAUUUCUGUUCUAAGUCUUUCUUCCUUUUCUAAUCUUGCCUGUUCUUCAACUUUUCUAUAAGAGCCAUCUCAUACAACUUCCAUCUGCUACUUCACACACUACUGUAGUUCUUCACCUGUAAAGCCUAAUGCCUGCUCAUCAGCUAUGAGUUUCAAAUUUAUUGACAACCUUGCCUCCAUCCUCAGAAUUUCCACAAAAGUAAAGUAAUAAUGGCAAAAUCUUUUACCCUUAAAAGAUUAAAGAGCAUUACAUGGCUUAAGAGUACCUUUGUACCAAAUAAUCAUAAUCUAUAUCUAAUAUCAUUUCUAAUGUUAACGCCAUUGAAUAAUUUAAAAACAAUUUAGUGAGCAUUAAAUAAAAUUAUAGUUUUACUUAUUAAUAUAUAAAUGCUUUAUUCCAAUCCAUGUUUAAAAAGGGGAAAUCUAAAGGUGACAAAAAAUAGUUAUGAUCCCAUUAUCAACUAACACACAAACUUAUUUAGCUGAUUACGAACAAAUGAAAAUACAUUCUUUUACACUAACAUAUAUGUGAUGGGUUGGCACAUAGAAGAAUAAAGGACGAAGCCAACUCGUUGGCAGAUUUAGAUCUUUUUAUUGUAGACUAAAGACCUGCAUAUAGCAAACAAAAUAACAUAGAUAACAUACGGGGGUAGAAACUCUCCAGCUGCUGAUCCUGCAAACAUAACAGUUAUAUUGCCCUUAGAAAAAUGUAUGGCUCUUUCUGGAUGCUUGAUCCCUCUUCUAACUCUCACUUUUUCUGACCUGGGUCAUCGGUCAAAUUUGUUUCAUCGUAGUUUAAUAUAUUUUCAGCACUAACACCCUCUAGAGACUUCCUCAGGUGUUCAAAAUAAACAUUGAUAUCAUCAUGGCUUAAUGCAGCUCUUUGACGCUUGAUAUUUUGGCAAGUUCUCUGAGUUAUCAAGUCUUCGUGUCGCGACAAAAAAACCUCUCACCCAAUCAUCUCCUGGGGUGUUGUCUGUAAAUUUUUUAAUUACAAUUUUUUUCCAUUUCAAGAAUGCCUUUCACCCCAAGCUCUUGAUAUCUCUCCAUUCACACUUGGCAAUGCGCAUUGUCCACCAUGAGACUUACUAUGCUGACCACCAACUUUAUUUCUCAGAGUUCUAUGAGGGAUUUUAUAUAUCUUUGCUACUUCAGCAAUACUUAUUCCUGGCUUUUUACAAUCUUCUAUAGCUUUUAGUAAUGUUUCUUCCUCAUAGUCCUUAUAUUUUCGUGAGCCCAGCUUGCUCUUAUAUAUCCUUGGCAUGGUUAUCUGAAGAAAAAAAAAAAACCACAUAUCAGGGGGUGACUUUGCCACUGCCUUAAGCAUAAAAUCUAUUAAGAAAUUGUUUAAUUAAAGUUUACCCACAUAAUUAUAAACCAAUUUACUAUAAAAAAAAAUGUAUCAAUUUACAGUAUACAUGUAAUUAUUAAAUUAGAUCCAAACUAAAAUUCUAACUCACCAAAAACAGCUGAAAAUGUUAGUCCUGAAAACCCUUGGUUAUUGGUUUCAAAACGUGUGUAUGGCUUGUUUAGCUUUCUACAGGAAAAAGGAAGUGUGUUAACUAAGCACUAACCUAUAUUCUUUCAUAUACAUAUAAAAACAGAAGGGAAACUACUAUAGAAAAUCAUUUUAGAAACUUUUCACAUUUUAAGUAUAGAGUAGGCAAAGUCACCCCUUGAAGCAAAGUCACCCCAUUUCACGGUACAUUUAAAAUGCGUUCUCAAAUUAAUGAAGUCUAAGACUAGCAGACUAACAUAUAAUUAGACCUAGUUGUACACAGUCACACAGCUUAUAGUCCAAAUGAAAGCAACUCCAGUUUAAGAAAUAAGAACUAAUCAUAUCUCUUUUAAGAACACAAGAGACAUGUGGAACAUAUUGAAAUAUUAAUUAAAUAAAAAACAUCAAUAAUUAAAUUGUACUUGAAACAAAUUCAUUGUUUCAAGUGUCCACUUUUAGUCUAGAACUGAAAGCCAUAAUAACCUCAAGUUAACCCAACUAUCAUUCUAUGUGAUGAUUUACAAAAUGCACACUAAACAUCCUAUAUGUUGCAAAUUUUACCCCACGUUGAUAUUCUGUUCACUGCUUGUCUGCCUCCACACAAAAUUAGCAAUUUAUUAGCCUUGUCUCUGUUGUCAUUUUUUUUGUGUUCUACCUUAUCUGUCUUUACCACUGUUUCUUUGUUUAUCUCUGUUAAUCCUUUGGCAGUUUGUUCAUAUGUUUGGCAUAUUUCUAUACAUUUCUUUAAUGUAAGGUCACCAUGAUCUAAUAAUCUUUCCUGCAGUCUUUUCUCCUUGAACAAUACAAUCUUAAUGUCUCAAAUCAUCCUAUCUAUUUCCUUAAAAUUGCAUUUUUAAGCCUGAGCUCUUUCCAUGUUCCAAAAUCUAAAGGUUUCCAGAAUUUCAUCCCUAGGGUUGCAAUAUUCAUGCAAUUUCUUUAAUAAUAUUUGUGGUCAUUCACAUCUUCAUUUUCAUCAUAUUGUAAUUGCUCAUAAAUCUCUUAGGCCUGAGGUCCAGCACACUGUCGUAUUAUAAAUAUGAUAUAUUAUAAAUAUGGCUCUUUAAAAUAUGUAGCCUAUUUAUCAAAUAGAUUAAUCAUUCAGGAACUUUCAGAGUCUGGAAACAUCUUAGUUCUGGUCUGGAUCUACUAGAUCUAGAUGAUAAAUCUAGAUCUAAUUAUUAGUCUAGAUUAGUAGAUAUACUUUCAUAUAGAAAGAUUAGAUCUACUUGAAUUUCAUUCUAAAGAUGUUUAAAUAAUUAAUCCAGUGAAAGAAUAAUUGAAAUCAGACCACACAAGCACGUGACACAAUUUGAAUGUUUCUGUGCACCCCAAGAUUUUCAAAAUGGCCGCUGUAACUUGGCGGGACUUAGGCUCAUUUUCAUAACACAAUGUGUUGAAAAAAAACGCUAAUAAAAUAAGAGCUGUAAUGAAUAACUGUCUGAAACUUUGUAGAAACCUGAAUUAUAUGUUUAUCUAUCAGACAUAAGCUGCUUAACUUAUUAGUAAUAUUAGUUAUUUUAAAUUUUUCAUGAAUAAAUUACAAGUGAAUGGUAACACUACUAUAUGGCAUUUGUAAUAUUAGUUAUUUUAAAUUUUUUCAUGAAUAAAUUUACCUGUGAAUGGAAACACAAGUAUACGGCAUUAGUAAAAACUACUAAUUGGGGGUAUAUCAUAACGGUCGAUAGUUUUAUCGCCCAGUAUUGAGUACAAAAAUAAAAUUUGGUACACAUACAGAACCAAACAAUAUCUAUUAGAAAAACCUUUUCUUUUUUUAGUUAUUUUAUAUAGGACAGCUUAUAUAAGAUUUCUAAAUGAUCUCAAUUUUUAGCUAUAUUUUGCUUAAUUGUGAGAGUUUAAAAAAAAGCCUAGCAAAUAAUGUUACUGAAUAUGUAAGGAACCUAAAACCUUUCGCACCUUUUAUAUUCAAAGCAUAAUCGAUUUCACACCCAGGCUUAUGUAGACAUUAAUGAAAAAAAAAUUCUCAACUUUUCAUGCCAUUUUUUUUUAAUUCGCAUUUUCGGAAUGCUCCCAUACCUAGAUUAUUGCAUUUUGUCUGCUUUUAGGUUUCUCUUCUGCCCCUAUUGCCAAUGGUAAAGUUCAACUAGUCUUUUCCAAUAGCUGAAAAUUGUCACUAAUAUUGCCAUCUACCACGUUUUAUUCUGUUGACUGCCUUUUCAAUGUUCAUUUAGCUCUCAUCCAUAGAUUCUCAACGUUUUGAGUAUGUCUAUCACUGCUGUUUGGGUCUACUAAGUUGUCUGGAUGAAUUACUACAGAAUAAAAGAUGUUUCCAAUUUCUUAUCAAUUCUUCUCCCCGCGUCUCUACGUCGCCUCGCUAUGUGCCCAAAUCUACCACAUGUAUAGCGAUCUGUCUUAGAUCUGUUAUAGUAGAUUCUGGAGUUUUGGAGUCCGUUGUGGCAAAAAGGCACUUUCUUGAUCUCCUGGAACUAUUUGUAAGCUUUCGCCUGGAUGUGCAGCCACGUGUCGUUGGCAUAGGUACAAGACUUCGUCCACAUGUCUGGGCUUUCUUUCUUGAAGGAAUGUGAACAGAUUUUUCCCAGCCGACGAAAUUAUUUUAUCUAUUAUGAUGAACUGUUUCAAGUUCUCAAAUGAUUCCUCAAUGCCUGAGGACUGAAACCAUUUCUCAAAUGUAGUUUUCACCUCGCCGACUAAUUGUUUCAUUUUGCCGUCGUUCGGUGGUUUCAGCUCGUGGAAUUUAUUUCUAUAAUCGUCCUCACUACACUGGUAAAAAUCUAGUAGUGUCUUGUUCAUUAAGGUGUAGUCUCUCACCUCCUUGUCAUUCAGCACCUGCAGCGCAUCUAGUGCUCUUCCACCCACUAGGCUGAGAAGUUCUCUGGCCCAUUCUUUCUGGGAUUCGCCUUCCAGCCUCAUCAGCAUUUCAAACCUGUGGAUGAAGGAAUCCAUUCUGUCUGUCCCUUCAACAAACUUCUGCAUUUUUGUGCGCCUUGUAUUUCUGAUGUUGGGUUCGUCGUUGGCUUCAGCUGUUUUGGGCUGCUUUGUGAUUCGUGCUUUAGAUUCUUGAUUUUUGCUGCCACCUGCAGUUCCUCCAUUUUUCUACUCAACUGUGUUUCUUCUUCCUGCAUUCGGAACUUUUCUUUCUUCUGCUUUUGCAUCCCUGUCUUCGUUUUGCAGUGUAACGAGCUGAUGACACUCUUAAUUAAUACACCAAGAGACAUUUGUGGUUCAGAAAUACAUCUCAGAGUAUACAUGUAUUGAACUAUAAUUUGGUUCUCAAUCUUUUUGUUUUCUAACUAUGAAUGCACUAUGUUGUUCCUUUUUUUUUUAUUUUAAUUUUAAUCUUUAUUUAAUUUAAAAAAAAAAGCUUCACAAAACAACAGGCAAUCUGGAUAGAUAUCAUCUAAGGGCCAACAUGAUCACCACUUACACACUCUGUUCAUUCCUCACUCUCAUCAGGUCCUUCAUUUUCUGUUUUCCCCCUGACUUCAUUUAAUUCCUUUCUGCGGAAUCACUUUCAUCGUCAUCUGUUUCAUCUUGGCCUUGAUUUUUUGGACGCUUUACUGUCUCAGCUGAAUCUUGACACUCGCGCUUCCUCUAAUGUUUCCUUAGAACAAUACUUCCUCGCCCCUGGAGAAAGUGUGGGGGUUACUUUACAUUUUUUUUCCACAUGAAGAGACUCCCCCUGUCAUUGACCACAUUUUCAACUUUAUUCUUUAUCAUCUUUGCAUUGGCUGUUGGAUAGCCUUUAAGGGCUCUCUUAAAAUAUUCAUACAAACCAUCGGUGGUGAAUCCAUCAGGGUGCUCUUUUACAAGAGCAAAAUGUAAUGUACCACAGUUGAUUAAUUACAGUAUUAUCACAAGAUAAGUCACUUAUGUUGUACAUUGAACCGGAAGGGGAACAUUCAUGUUGCUCUGAAUUGUCAGCACCAUUUUGUUUCCUACUGCGCAGAUCUAGAGUAUAAGCUAAUCUAACUUAUCUAGAAAAAUUCAAGGCUUAUAAUUGGUUGUGUUAAUUUGUUUAAUUUUACUUGAUCACCGAUGUAUUAUCUAGUUUCUUUUCAUACUGAACACUGGAGAUGUGAAGGUAUACAAGAAGUCUAGCACCAUGUUUUCAAACUUACUUUGAGAUUAGUUUUUUUUUUUUUUUAGCUCUUUAAUGUUUCUUUUGUUGAACAUUGCGUUUUAAUUAAUAGAUAUAUACUAAUAAAUAUAUAUAUAUAUAUAUGUGUGUGUGUGAAACUCUUCUUUACUUAUGUAUAUAAAAAGGAAUAAAACAAUAAUAUACGUUUU